UGUACGCUUGGUAGCGCUUGGUACAUCUUUAUUUUCGGUGAUAAGGAGAGUGGUGCCACGUAGCAGGCUCCCAGCGUCGUAUUGAUCGUUCCCGGACAUUCAACCGCCAGUCACCUCGUCUGGGAGCAAGGAAGGCUGGAUACAAGUUGUCAUUGCCUGUUCUGUUACUGAAAUGAUCUUGCAUUCUGGCCGUGGCAAUAUGGCCUCCAGCACCAAGCCCCUUGCCCCACCUCCACCCCCUCCAUCCCUUGGCCUUGUGUCAGACAACCCACCUGCAAACAUAAUGGAUGAUGCUGAGGACAGGGAUGUCAAUGGCUUGGGGCUGUCUGACGCUGAUGUCAAUAUGGAUGACAUGGAAGGUGAAGAGGAGGAGGGAAUGGAUGGCCAGAAGAAGAAGAGAGCCUACAAGCCCCCAUGGAGGAGAACCAAAGUGGCAGGCACCAGAUUGAAAAGAAAGAAGGUACCAGGAUUUAAGAACACCAGGAUCAAGAAGUAUGCACAGCCCAAGAACGCUGUGAUGUGCCUCAACGAGCUGGAGCCGGGUGUCACCUAUCAAACCGUGCAGGAGGGAGGCAUCAGUCAGCCAUUUUGCGUAUCUGUUGAGGUUAAAGGGCAGAAGUACCGAGGGUUUGGCUCGUCCAAGCAGUUGGCCAGACAGGCGGCGGCCGAGGUGGCACUUAUCAGCUAUGUGAAGCCGCCUGGAGAGAAUAAGCAAGAGGACCAGACUCCCUGGGCCACCCUGGUGCCCUUUGCCAUGUACAAGCUGUUCAAUGACUGGCGUGAGGGCCGUGUGGGGAGGUGUCCCUCCCCGGCCCAGCCCUAUGGGGCAGCUGUUCCCACUGGAUCAAUGCUUGCUGGCAUCAAUGCAUACUUCAACAAUCCACCUGCAUCUGGUGACAGCACUGCUGGUGGUGAAGAGACCAGUUCCCAGCCUGCUGCUGCUAUGGACACAAUCGUUGCACAUCUGGAUGGUCGUGUCCCUGCUGACUUAGCUGGUGAUGCAAAGGGGAAGGCAAAACCAUUGCCUAAACCAGCCAAACAAGUCCCUGAGGGUGCGGCUACCAUGCACCCUGUGAUGGUGCUGAACCAGAUGAAGCCUGGAGUGCAGUACAGUGUCACAGAGAGUACACGUGAGGGCAAGGCAUUCUUCACCCUCAAGGCUACCAUUGAUGACCAGGAGUUCACGGGUGAAGGAGUAAAUGUGAAGAAAGCCAAGUUGGCCUUAGCAAAGACAGCCAUCCAGGAGCUGUACGGUGUCGAAUCCUCCUUUGCAUCUUAGAUGCAAAUUGUGUCUAAUGAAGCACACUAAACUCUCUCAUCCAUGAAAUACCAACACACACACACACACACACACACACACACACACACACACACACACACACACACACACACACACACACACACACACACACACACACACACACACACACACACACA